AUGGACGACCUCGCUAGCGUCUGUAGCACGAGCACCGCGGCCGCGCCGAUCGACCCGGCGGAGUACUGGCGACAGUACAACUCCGUGCAGCUCAAAGAGAAGCACUGGGCUAGCGAGUCGGACGACACGGAUGCGGAGUCCUGGGGCAACAGGGACGGCUCGUGGGGCGUGUCCGGCGCCACCGGGUACGGCGCGUCAUGGGGCGCCGCCAACAGCUCGGGAUGGGGCUCCUCUACCGCACCCGCGGCCGCGCCAGGGCCGGCGCUGGCCGGAAGUCAAGCAGCAGCAGGUGCAUCAGCGACGGGUGCAGCAGCAACGGCAGCGGUAGGAGCGGUGACGGCGGCCGAGGCGAAGAAGAAAAAGGCGGCGAAGAAGGCGCCUGCCGCAGCGGUGUCCUCCCCCACUGCCGCGGCAGCUGCCGCACAGAAGAAACAGCCGCUGGCGAAACCCGGAAGCCCCGCGCCCACGGCGACAAAGAAAAAGAAGAAGAAAGACGUCGUCGGCCCUGGUGUGGCAGCUGUGUCGCCGGGUGGCGCCCUCGCCGGAUACAGCGUCAGCGGUUACAAACCGCCAUCGGUGGUAACCACCGCGGCGACCGCAGCUAGCACGAGCUCCACCCGUUCGGUGGCCGGGAGCAGCAGCGCGAUCCCCUGGUGGGCUUCGCUGGGCGGCGGCGCGCCUGCCGCAACCGCCGCCACUCCCGCCGGCAGCAGCAGUGCGCCUGGCAGCACGAUCUCCGUGCCAGCAUCUCCGUCUCCCCGCGUCCCGCCAAUGGCGCCCCUUCCGCCAGCGGCUGCGCCACAACCACCUCCGCCUCGUCAAUCCUCCUUCCUGCCCCACGCCCCCGCGCCUUUCACCCCCGCCGCCCCGCAUCUCCCCCAGCAGCCCCAAGCCUACCCCCCUGCGCCAGCUUCCGCGUUCCCUCAUUCCGCGGGGCCUUCCGCCGCCGGGGGGUAUGCGCCGUCCGCUCAGGGGCCGUAUGGCGGAAGAGCUCCUUCCCCCCCGACGUGGGGACAUACUUCCGCGAACGGACAGGGGCAGGGGCAGGGGCAGGGGCAAGGGCAGUGGCAACUGAAGGCGCAUGGAGCGGGAGAUUGGCAGGCGGCGCAAGCUAAGGGACAAGAACCGUGGGGCAGCGCGCAUGGACCAGCGGCGCAGCAGGCGGGGCGCGGAGGGAGGCAAGGUGGGGAAUGGUGGGAGCGUGAUGUUACCGGCGAGACGGGGCCUGUCGGCCAACGGCAUCCGUCGAACGCCAGCUUACAGCCAAAUGUUGGCUCACACCCAAACAUCGGCCCUCAGCCCAAUGCCUCCCAGCACGUGCCGGCGCCCCAGGCAGUGCGUGUGGUGUCCGCUGUGCCCUCCCUGCCGCCGCCGCAGGCGCAGUCGCGAGCGCCAUCUGCAGCAGGAUCAUGGCGAUCAGAGCCUGCAGCAGGAGGCGCAGGCGCAGCAGGAGGGGCAAAGGGAGCGGCGCAGGGAGCAGGAUUGCUGGUGGGGGCGGGAACUGGCGCGCAGCGUUGGGGGGGCAGCCAAGGACCGUCACAGGCGCCGCGCACCCCCUCCGACUCCGGCUCCGACGCCAGCCGGUGGCGCGCCAAAGAGCCUGGCUCUGACGCCAGCCGGUACUCCGCGCCUGCCGGUCCUGCUGCUGGUGCUUCCGCAGGCACCGCGUGGGGUGCUAGCACGGCUGCGGGCGCUGGCUCUGACGCGAGCCGGUACUCCGCGCCUGCUGCUCCUCCUGCUGCUGGCGCUGCUACUGGUGCUUCCGCGGGCACAACGUGGGGUGGUAGCACGGCUGCGCCUGACACCGACGCCAGCAGCUGGCGCCGCAACGACUCCUCCUCUCCCUCCACGCACCCCGUUCCUCAGGCUACUAACGCGCCUGCCGCUGCUGCUGCCUCUUCCUGGGCUGCCACCGCUGCACCCGUAGUCACUCCUGCCACUGCCAGCACCGCGCCUGCCAGUGCCACUGCGUUUUCAAGCACCGCUGCUGGCGAUGCCGCCACGGCGGCGAGCAGUGGAGGAGCGGAGGGGCAGGUGGGUGACAAGGUGCCGAUUUACGACGGGUGGGGCGAUGUCAUCGGAUGGAAGGACGCGCCUCUUGCUGCUGCUGCCCUGCCCGCCGCUGCUGCUGCUGGCGCGGCUGCUGACGGGGCCACGACUGGGGCUGCUGCUGCUGCUGACGCUGGUGCACAGGAGGGUGAGUAUGCGGAGGGUGACUAUAGCGAAGGGGAGUAUGGAGAGGGGGAGUAUUGGGAGGGCGAGUAUGCGGAAGGGGAAUAUGCGGAGGGGGAAUACGCGGAAGGGGAAUAUGGGGAAGGGGAAUACUCGGAAGGGGGGUAUGCCGGCGAUGGUUACGCCGAAGCGGGUUAUGGGGAUGGCGGGGGCGGCGGUAAUGGUGGCGGAGAGGAGGCGGACAGGGCUGUGGAAGGGGGAAAGGUGGAAGCGGAUGGGGGGAAAUCAGGUGGGGCGAAUGAAGAGGGCGCGGAGGGGGACGAUGAGUUCUGGGAUGCGGAGGAGGGAGAGUUGGAGGGCAGUGUGGGCAGUGGCAGCGGCGGCGAGGGGGCGGGCAAGGAGCAGAGGGGGCAGCAGGCGCAGUUUGGGAAGCAGGCGGGGCCAGUGCAAGGAGCGGUGGGAGGGGAGGGUCAGAGCCUCACUUGGCAGCAGCAGCAUCUAUUAGGGAGGGAACCGCUUACCUGGCAGCAGCAGCAGCAGCAGCAGCAGCAGCAGCAGCAGGACGAGGAUAAACAGCAGGAACCGCAGCACCCGCAGCAGCAGUUAGCGAAACAACCCCUCACAUGGCAGCAGCAACAGCAGCAGCAGCAGCAGCAGUGGGGAGGCCCCACGACGAAAACCAACGAUAACGACUCCAUGAGCCAGUUUAGCUCCGCUAGUGGCCACGUGCGCCCCAGGAGCGCAGCUACUAACGAGGACGCGAGUGUAGUCAGCGCUGCCUGGUCCGACGCCAAGUCAGACCUCAACAGCCAAUGGGGUGACAGUGCCAGCUGGCAGAGCAGCAGCGGCCGGGGUAAGGAGGGCAUGGAGUGGGGGGAUGCUGUGCCCACCAGCAGCGGCAGAGGCUCGGGCCGAACCUCCGGCAGGUACGUGCCGCCGGGCAAGCGGGUCGGCGGGAGGGGGCAGGGUGAGGCAGCAGGUGGGGGUGCGAAGGGAGGGGCGGGGAGGAGCGCAGAGGCAGGGGCUUCCGCGUGGGAGAGGAGCAGCGGGGGCGUGAGUGCUGGUGUUGGUGCUGGCGGUACUGGCGCCGGUGGCGCUGGUGCUGGUGCGUCCGGUUGGGAGAGGAGCAAUGUGGGGUUGAGCAGUGCUGGCGUGAGUGCUGGUGGUGGUGGUGCUGCUGCUGGUACGUCCGCGUGGGAGAGGAGCAGUGGCGGCUUUAGCCCUGCUGCUGUUGAUGCUGGUGGCGCUGGUGACUCUGCUGCUGGUGGCAGCGGUGGCGCAGAUGGUUGGGGAGUGGGCGCAGAUGGUUGGGGAGUGGGCGCAGCGAAGGGAGGGUUGGGCAAGAGUGGGCCGGAAUGGCGGAAGAAGGAGAUAGUUUCCCCCACUCAUUCGUCCACGUCCUCUCAGUCAGCUGCAGCGAACGGCAGAGCAAGGGGUGUUGGAGGGGGUCCUGUGGUAACUGGCAAGGGGGAAGGAUGGGGGGACGCGGGAGGAGGGGGGGGAUGGGGAGGGGCAGCAGCAGCAGCCCCAGCGGCGGGAGCAGCAACAGCAGCAGCAGCAGCAGCAGCAGCAGCAGCAGCAGCAGCAGCAGCCGGUGGUGGUGGGAUGGGCAACAGUGGAAAUGCAGCUGCUGGGGCGAGUGGAGGGGGCGGGGGAGCAGUGGACAGUUGGAGGGCGUUUGGGCAGCAGAGGCAGGCGGAGCUGGGGGAGGGCGGAUCUGACGACGACAUCUGGAAGCAGCAGGAGGAGGACGAGCGGCUGGCGCGCCAGUGGGGGGGCGCGGAUAGCACGGGCUGGGGAGGGGCAGGGGGGGGCGGAAGUAAGGGCGCGGGGGGCAGUGGGGGCGGAAGCAAGGGCGCGGGGAUGGGCGGAAGCAAGGGCGCGGGGGUGGGCGGAAAGAAGGGCGCAGGGCGGGUGGUGGGAGGGGAAACGGGGUGGAGAGGUGCGGGGAACAAGUCGGGCAGAGGGGAGGCCGAGGCAGCGGCGGAAGGGAAGUGGAGGAGGGGGGGUGGCGGGGCGGAGGGGAAGGGCGGAGAGUGGAGGAAGAGUGACGAGCAGGAGGCGGGAGGCGGGGGCGCGGGUGAGGGAAUGUGGUGGAGUGAAGGGGCAGGCGGUGAGGCAGUGGGGUCGAGGCCAGGGAAGGGAGCAGCAGGGAAGGCAGUGGCACGUGCAGUGGCGCCUGCAGUGGUGCCCAUUCCCAUGGUGCCACCCAUAGUGGCUCACAGGGAGAUCGACGGGUGGGAGGCGGGCAGCAGGGGCGACAGCAGCGCGUGGGAGACGGAGACCAACGCCUCCGCUGUCUCGUCCAUCAACAAGGGCCUGCGCGCCUGGCAGCAGGUCGCUACAGCCUCCGCUGUGGCAUCGGCUGUAGCGCCGGCUGUAGCGCCAGAGAGCAUCGUUUCUGAGAGGUCAGCCACGGACAGUAUUCUCUCUGCGAUUGGGCUCCAGGCUGGGACCAGCGCUGAGACAUCUCUAAUGCCUGAGACGAGUGGUGCUGGUAACCCUGAUGGCAGCAGCGGCUCUGGUAAGGAGCGUGGGAGCGAGGGCUUGAGAGCUGACGCGCCCCCCUUCCCCGCUGCUGCCUCCUCCUCUUCCCUCCCUUCCCCCCUCCGCGCUGACGGCAGCACGUACCUGCGAGCAGAUGCGCCCUCCUUUAUCCGUGCGCAGGCACCGUCUUUCAUCCGCGCCCAGGCGCCUUCUUUUAUUCGCGCAUCCGCCCCCCCGUUCACCCCCUCGCCCCCCUCCCCUCCUCCCGGCCACGUCCCCGCCCCCUCGACUGUCUCCGCCCCUGGGGCUCUCUCCCCCGCCCCACCGCACCCCACCUCCACGCCCACCUCUCCACCCACCUCCACACCUUCCUCUUACUACGCCCAAUCCCCUGCAUUUGCGGAUCCUUCCGGCCAAUCAUACGGCGACACGGGGGUCUCUUGGCCGGCUAUUGCCCCAUCCACCUCCUUCCCGUCACUCCCCCAGCCUGCUCUGGCGUCUGCUGCUGUCCCACCCGCCUCUGCUUUUGCCCACGGCCUCCCACCUGAUCCUGCUAUAGCAGGAGUGGGCAUGGGCAUGGGCAUGGGCAUGGGGAUGGGGAUGGGCGUGGGCACGGGAGGUUUUAUUCCCGCAACUGGUGGCGGGAGUAUGGGAGAGAGAGGGGAGCAGGGCGGGGGUGGGGGCAGCAGGACGGAGGAGUGGGUGGGAAGAGGCGGUAGCCUGGGCACGGGUGGCCCUGCAAGUGCUGCAACCCCUGCAACUCUUUCUGUUGCAAGCUCUGCUGCUGGCACUGCAAACCAAGCAAAUGCCACAAUCCCUGCCACACCUGGGCCGAGGGCACACAAGCCCCAACUCCCCACGGAGAUCGGCAGGGGGGGCGUGGGCAACUCACCAGGAGCAUCCUCCUGGUCUCAGUCAGGCUACGGGCCGCAGUCAGAGCUGCACUCGAGUGUGCUGCGACUGCCGGCAGAGGGAGGCAGUGAGUACGUGCCCCCUGUGAGCGAGCUGGAUGUGGACUUCUCAGACAGUGUGAGUAAUGCCGGCGCCGCUGAUCGGGCGCGUGCUGCUGCUGCUGCCCUGGCUGCUGCUGCUGGGGGUAGGGCGGCUGGUGGGAGUCGGUUCGGCCCUGGUGCUGGUGCUGCUCGUGCUGCUGCUGCUGCUGCUGGUGGUUCUGGUGCUGCUGCUCCUGCCGCUGCUGCUGCCGGUGCUGGUGUGACACCCCAAGGCCAAGCCAUGGGCGGGCUGCUGGAUGAAUUCGACGAUGACGACGACGAGUGCGCUGGCAGGGAGCUGGGAGGAGAGGGCGAGGAGGACGACGACGAAUUAGGUGCAGAGUCGGCAUUUGACUUGACUGCCACGGACUACAAGCACUCGCCUGCUGUCGCCCUCUUUCUCGUCGACCUCAAGAAGCUGUCCGCGGAUCAGAUAAAAUCACAGGACCGCGAGUACAAGUGUCCCGCGUGCAAGGGUGGGAAGGGUGAGACGGACUGGUGGCCGGGGAUCCGGGCGCUGCUGCAGCAUGCCGAGACCAUUCGGUCGAGGAAAAUUGGCGCGCAUCGCGCGUUUGCGGCGGCGGUUCAUGUGGAUUUGAGGGAGAGAGGAGUGUUUUUGGGGGGAGGGGGUGCGGGGAGGGAGGGGCAGGAGGGGGUGCUGCAGGGGCAGUGGCGGGGGGUGGGGGGGAGGAGGGUGGAGGAGGGGAAUGCGACGGUGCUGUGGCCGCCCGUGGUGAUCAUCAGAAACACUCGCCUGCGGCCCGAUGAGGAUGGCCGGUGGAUCGGAAUGGGCAGCUACGAGCUGCGGCAACACUUCGCGCAGUUCAAGCUCAUUGUCAAGACCAAGCACGCCUAUGGCCCUCAGGGCCAUCGCGGCAUGAGCAUUCUGGUCUUCGACGCCACGCCAGACGGCUUCAAGGAGGCGGAGCGCCUCGCCCAGCAGUUUGAGCGCGAGGGGCGCGGGCGGGUGGAGCUGACACGGCGGUCGGCGCCACUCGUGGACCGGUCUGGGAAGAGGAAUCUGUUCGGGUACCUUGCCACGCAGCAGGACGUGGAUGAGUUUAAUCGGUGCUGCAAAGGCAAGGCAGCACUGAAGGUGGAGGUGAAGAGGAGGAGGGAGAUGGUGGAGGAGCCCAUGAGGCGCAUGCGGGAGCAGGCGGCACAGGCGGGCAUGUACAAGUCUCAAGUGGUCGAGAUGUCGCACAAGCUGGUGGAGGUGAAGAUCGAGAAGUCGCAGCUGCAGGAGCACCUGGAGGAGGAGAAGGAGCGCCGGCAGCAGCUGGCGUGCGAACUGGAGGGGGAGAAGCAGCAGCGCCAGCACCUGGAGAGCACCGUGCUCAAUGCAGCGAGGCUGAUGCAGAUGAAGGAGGAGGAGGUGCAGGCGGUGGUUGCGCGGCACAAGAAGUUGGCGGCGCAGCACAAGGAGGAGGUGGCGAGUUUGGAGGAGGCAUAUGCGCGGAGCUUGGAGGAGAGGGAGAGGAGCAGGAGGGCGGUGGAGGAGAGGGAGGCGGACCUGGAGUGGCGAGGCAAGGUGGCGAACGAGCAGCAUGUUGCUGCCGCCCGCACGCUGCAGCGCCAGCUGUCAAGCUCGUCCGAGCUCAGCGACGACCACAGCACCGCCCUGCGGGGCAGCCUGCAUGCGGCAGCAGUCUUCCAAGCAGGCCUCGCCCAGCUGAAGCAGCAGCAGCACGAGCGGCUGUUGCAGUUCCGCCAGGGGGUGAAGAAGGCGAAGCUGGAGCUGCUGCAGCAGCUGGAGGAGGAGAGGGUGCGAUUCGUGGAGGAGUGUGAGGCGCUGAGGGAGGAGAGCGAGGCAACACUGGAUCAGAUCGAGUGCCGCGGUGUGGGGAAGACGAGGCGGAUGGGGGGUGCGGGUCAGGAGGGGAGUGGGAGUGAGGUGGGGGGUGAGUGGUCUGGAAGUGAGGCUGGGAGAGGGGAGGAAGGGAGUGAGGUGGGGAGGGGGAUUGUGGGGAGUGUGGUCGAUGGAGGGGAGGGGGCAGGGAGUGUCGAGGGGGGAGGAGUGGUGGGUGGAGAGAAAGGGGGGGAGGAAGAAGAGGGGGUGCAGGAGAGUGAGGAGCAGGGAGAGAAGGAAUGGAGUGGAGAUGUUGCAGGGGAGGAGGAGGAGAAAGAGGUGGUUUGUGGAAAGGGAGAGGAGGGAGGAGAGGAGGAAGGGGUGGAGGGAGGAGAGGAGGAAGGGGCAGAAAAAAGAGGGAAGGUAGAAGAGGAGGUAGCUGUGGAAGGAGGUAACGAGGGAGUGGAGGAAAGUGAGGAGUGGGGGAGGGAAGAAGAGGAGAAGCAGGUGGAAGAAGAGGAUAAAUGGGUGGAGGAACGAGGGAAGGGCGGAGUGGAGGAAGGAAGGACGGAAGGAGAGGAGGAAGAAGCGAAGGGUCCAGAGAAGGUAGGAGAGAUGGGAGCGAUGGCAAGGGAGGAGGAAAUGGUGGAGGAAGGAGGGGAGGGAGGAGAUGCAGAAGGGGAGGCAGAAAGGGAGGCAGAAGGGGAGUCAGAAGGAAAGGCAGAAGGGGAGGCAAAGGGAGAGGCAGAGGGAGAGGCAGAGAGAGAGGCCGAAGGAGAGGCAGAGGGAGGGGCAGAGGGAGAGGCAGAGGGAGAGGCGUCAAGUGAGGAAAGGAAUGGUGCAAGUGAGGGGGUGAAUGCAGAGGGGGGAGAGGGAACAGUGGAAGAGGUUACUGAAGAGGGGAGCGAGGAAGCAGUUGAGAAGGUGAAUGAAGGGGAGGAUGGAUCGGCUGAGAAGUUGGCCGAGGAGAGGGAAGAGAGAGUAGCUGAGGGGUUGAAUGAGGAGGGGGGCAACGGAGUAAUUGACAAGGCUAGUAAAAGCACUGAGACGGUUGAGGUUGACAGGUUGGAAGGGGAGGUGCAGAAAGAUGAGGUGCAGGAGGGAGAGGUGCAGGAGGGUGGGGUGCAGAAGACAGGUGAUGGUGGGCAUGGGAGUGGGGUGAAUGGGGGGUGCGAUGGAGAGGGGAAAGGGGAGGUGUCGCAGGUUUCAGAAGCGGCGGCGCACAUGAGCGAGUAUGAGAUGGAUGAGGGGCAGCAGCAGCGUGAUGGUGACGGGAAAAGUUCGAUGAAGAGCACAAAGGAAAGCGCCAUAGUCGUUCUUCCUCCACUAAUGAACAUGGAUCACUGGACCCCCUUGCAUCCAUUUUUUCCCUCCAAGCAUUAA